AUGUUCUCCUCCAGCGCCUCGGCCGCUUCCACAUCCUUCAAUCUCGGCCAGCUGCUGCCUUUGGCCGUCGCCAUCGGAGUGUUGCAUCUGCCGCAGUUGCAGUGUCAUGCUGGCUGGGCAACCAGAACGCCAGAGAAUUCCAUUAACGAGACGACCACCACCACCACCAGCACCACCAAUGGCAUGCAAAUCCAGACGAUGCAGGUGAACUGCAGCCGGGAGCUGCUCGAGAUGCACCUGGAGCUGAGCCGGCCCUUUCGAGGGCUGCUCUACGCCAAGGACUUUCCGCUGGAGUGCCGCGCACGGGGCAAGGACUCCACGCGUCUGCACCUGCGCAUCCCCACAUCCGGAUGCGGAGUGCGGGCGGAGCCACUGGAGGACGGCAGUCUGGAGUACACGGUGCGCGUGAUGCUGCAGAAGGAGCAGAAGCUGCGCCAGAGCACCGACAUCCUCAGCUCGGUGCGGUGCCAGCUGCCGCCCAAUGCCAUGGGCAUGCCGCUUCCGGUGUUGCGACGGGAGAAGGGACACGAUAGAAAUGCCAGGAUGCGAGCCCUGGCCGCUGCUGCGCUUCCAGCACUCGCCGCAACAUCCGCUCCACCGGCGAGCGGCACGCAGCAGCGACGCGAGACGCCGCGCGUGAGGAUCUGGCUGGAGUUGGGCGGUCCCAAUGGCACCGGGUCCGUGGAGGUGGGCGUGGCCACCACGCUGACGGUGAGGGCUGUGGUGCCGGGCAACAUCGGAGUGCGGGUGGUGGACUGUGCGGCGCUCGAUGGACUGGGCGAGUCCACGCAGCAAUUACUCGACGCCCGCGGCUGUCCCAUCGACGAGCAGGUAAUGCCCGCUCUGCACACCCAGCACCGACCGGCGGAGGAGGGAUGGUCCAAGCAGCACGAGGAAGACCUGGUCGAGCGGACGUUCGCGGCCACGUUUCCCGCCUUCAAGUUCCCGGACCGCGAACGCCUCCACGUCAGCUGUGGCGUGCAGCUCUGCAAGGGGAAGUGUCCGACUCUAAAUUGUCGCCUGAAGACGCCUCCGCCGGCGCUGAGCGCCGAGCAGCACCUGGCCCGCAUCGAGGUGUUCAAUUCGCUGGCCGUGACAGCGCCCCAAAUCGAGGUGGACCGCCUGCGCUACGAUAGGCGCCACAACAUGAGCGGAGAGGAUUAUGCACCGCAUGUGAGGGCCCAAUCGAUGCCCGGCGAGGGAACGCUCUGUCUGUCCAUCUCCAAGCUGGCCAUCUCGUUUUGCGUUUUGGGCCUCAUCUUCCUGGUGGCCGUGGUGGUGGCCAUCUUCUCGCUGAUACGAUCGCGUCGUCGGGAGCGACGUCACGGAACUGGAUUGGGUCUGGGAUUGGGACUGGGCAUCGCCGGGACGAGCACCUCGAACAGUAGCAGCCGAUUGCAUCGGGAUCGGGCCGAGAUCUGCACCUCGAUGUUCUCAUCCAGCAGCGAAUCGGCGCAAUCGCAGCCGCGUUUCGGGGCCAAGUUCCUGAUGCCCUACUAUCCGAAUACCCUGCCCUACGGCCGUGUCUACUAAUUGCUUACGUAUACUUACAUAUGUAGCAGAGUUAUUUAGUGGAGCGGGGGCUUCCCAGAGACUGACGGAAUCGUCUAACGAGUGGUACACCAAAAUAAGGUCUAACUUUAGCAAUAUUAUUUUUAUCCGUAGUUCCGUAACUUUCGGUUGGUCGAAAGGAUCUUGAAAGCGUUUUGCUAGC